CUCUGUCUGUGUACGUGCCUUUCACCUCGUACUACCCCUCAUCCAGCCUACAUCAGCCAGAGUCAGUGGAUGCUGCAUUAAGAGCCAUUAAGUACUCCUCGGCAACAACAGGUGUCUGAGAAGUUUGAAAAAUGGUGGGUGGAUUUUUUCAAAUGCUGAGAAAGAAAAAGGAGCUGAUCCCGUUGAUAGGGUUCAUGGCUUUUGCUGCAACAGGAGCCACAUCUGCUGCUACCUACUUUCUGUUUACCAAACCAGAUGUUAUUUUGAAUAAGACUCGAAACCCGGAACCAUGGGAGAGAGUGGAUCCAUCAAAACCCCAAAAGCUUAUCACCAUCAAUCAGCAGUGGAAACCAGUGGAGGAGCUGGAGCUGGUGAAGAGCCUCACCAAGUGAAAGGCCGGCAUCUGCUGGAAAGAAAGUGAAAGAUCGUUGUCGGAGUGUGACUCACUGUCUGCUCAGCCCCCCAUCAGUCUAACAGAAUCCUUUCCGCACAAACUAGGACGCUUUGACACUCAGUGUGCGGAAAUGCUUCUGCUCCACUGGUGGGGUUUCACUCUGCUCUGUGGUGUCUCAGCCCAAGGACAUCCAUCCACAACAGAUACUCAUACUGCCAUGAUGUCCAACUCUGGGUUUCUGUGAUUACCUCUAGAGAAUUAUGUUUAAUUAUAUUGAAUAAGUCGUGGUGACAAAAUGGCUGGUAGUCACAGUAACCCUAUUACUGUAUGUGAUUGUACGAUAAUGUCUAAAUGUGAAAGACGCAAAAUGUAAAUCAAGUAAUAUAAUAUAUAGUUUUGUUAGUAAAUUAUGAUUGUGAUGUGAUGUCAUCUUUCUUCAUCACACUGUUGCUUGUGUGCUCCAUGUAUAAGAAUGUACUUGAAAGAAAAUACUGAUAUCCUUUGUCUGGUCUGUGUUUAGGAGAUAAUAGUAAAAUCUCCUUCACAAAAUGUAUGUACAUCAAUAAAUGCAAUGCAACAAGCUGA